GCUUCGUUCUCCAACAAGAUUUCUAGGUGUUCGCCCCUUUCUUGUUCACUCUGUUUUAACAUGCUGUCUCUAUUUUGUGUUAAUUUGAACUUUUGAGUAAGGAUUUCGUGUCAAUUGGGUGUUGUUUUGUCAGGAAGUCUAUUUCUCGUUUUGGUUUGCACUUGUGAUUUCCUCUCAGAUGAGUUAGGGGAUUUCCUUCUUGGCAUAUACUGUUAUUGAAUCUGUUGAGCUGGGCGAAUAUGUCCACAGAUUUGGAGGCUGCUGUUCCAUCUGAUGAUGAUGUCAGCGUGGCGACUGAGAAACGAGUAAGCAGAUCUGUCUGUAGCCCAAAAACUCCCAGGAAAGUUCCUAAGAAAAUUCGUAAAUCUGAGAGAGAGAAGCUGAAGCGUGAUCAUCUGAAUGUGCUAUUUCUUGAGCUGGGCCAAACUCUUGAACAAGCUCAUCAUAACAAUGGAAAGGCCUGUAUAUUGACUGAUGCAACUCGACUCCUCCGAGAACUGCUUGCUCAGAUUGACAAUCUAAAAAAUGAGAAUGCAGCUCUGCUGAGUGAAUAUCAUUGUGUGACUGUUGAGACAGAUGAAGUGAGGGAGGAGAAUUCUACCUUCAAAGCUGAAAUCAAGAAGCUGGAAAGUGAACUUGAAGAAAGAAGUCGAUCCAAAUCAGCAUGGAACAUAGAUCUCUCCAAGUCUCGAGACAAUUCGAAACCACAGCUGCUGACUGACCAUCUGAUGCCUGUCACGGAGCCAGCGACCGCUAUCGCUCCUGUCUUUGUUGUGCCCUUGCAUCAUGAACACCAAGAUUACCCCAACUCUGAUACAGCAGGCACCACCAACCUUCUUUCGAGUGUCGCCAGACCGCGUGCACGUUAUGCAUCCCAGAUGGAUUCUUGGCCUUCAGAAAUUCUUUCUGAACCGCAGAACACAACUCAAUAAUCCUCAGUUUUGUUUCGGAUCAUGCUAAUGCUCUAUGUUAGCCCUUGGGCUAGUACCAACAGCAAAGUUGAGCAUGGCUUUGACCUUGUACAAGCUUGCCAUGCUCUAGUUCAUUUAGCUGGAAUUCAACUUAUUGGAUAAAAGGGCUAUACUCAAUUGUGUUGUAAAGCUAAUUGUAAAUGCCCGUCAAUUGCAGCCUUCUGUCCUCCAUUUAUUGUAAAUAUGGGGAUGGCCAGUUUGCAACAUAAAUAAUUUAGUUCAGUAGUCAAUUGAGUUGUCGGCAUUGGACAAUUGCUAGGGGAUUUGUUUUGCUUGCUCAUCGGAAGUAUUCCAGAUGGCAUUUGCACACUUGAUUGGUCUUAUAUAAGCUAUUCAUAGUCGUUGCUUGCA